AUGCCAUCGGACUACUUCGUCUGCGCCAUCGACGAUGAUACAUCGGUCCCCCUGCGCGUGGAGUUCACCCGGUUCCUGCGGUCGUCGCCUCUGCUGCAGAAGGCCCACGACGCUGGGGUCCCACUGGAGUUCAGCAUCGAGCCGGCCGCCUCGGUCCUGGCCAACCCCAGCCUCUUCCAGUCGCCUGGCGGGACUCCCAACCGCCGGCUCACUCCGGCGGCUCUUUCUCCCAUCUCCUCGACGCCCGAGCUCCCCUCGCCGGCACCGGUCGCCGAGCCGGAGCCCGCCACUGUCGUCGAGCCCGCCGCCGAGCCGGAGCCCGCCACUGUCGUCGAGCCCGCCGCCGAGCCGGAGCCCGCCGCCGAGCCGGAGCCCGCCGCUGCCGUUACCACCCCCACCGAGCCCACCCCCACUCCUGCUUCGGAGCCGCUCGCCUCGGCAACGGCCACAGCCCCGACGGCAGCGACCACGGCUCCUGAGCCGGCCCCGGCCUCGGAGCCGGCCCCCAUCGUCACCACCCCCACCGCCGACCAGCCGCCGGCCAAGGGCCCCACCCCCGAGACCCCGUCGCCCCCCUCCCCGGAGCCGGAGCUCGACUAUGCCCAGAUGAUCAUGGACUCCUUCGCGUCGCUGAUCUUCAGCCCCACCACCGCCGAGGCCGGCAUCGAGCUGGCCUCGGUCGAUUCCGACUCCGAGGGCGAGCCCAUCGCCUCGCCCACCAGCUCCGAGGCCCUGGACAGCCCGGACCUGGCCCUCAUGCCGCCUCCGGCCCCGCAGGUCACCAUUACCAUGGCCUCGCCCACCAAUGACGAGCCCCAGGACAAGGAGGCCGCCCCGACCGUCGGCGAGGUGGCCGGACCGGUGGACUCCCCGGAGCCGGUGGUCGUGCGCGCCCCGUCGUCGGCCAUCGCCCCGGCCGCUUCCACUUCGGAUUUGGUGGGCCUCCCCUCGGGCAGCCUUUCCGAUUUGGAAGGCUCCCACUCGCGGCUGAACCACCUGUCCGAUGGGGCCUCGCCAUCCGGGUCCAGUGCCGGUGGGUCGCCGGCCCCGGGGGCAGCCGGCCCCGGGGGCGCGGCCGAUCUCCGCCGCAGCCGCAGCAUGGUCGGCCGGCGCCUGCGCCAGUCCAUGGCCGCUGUGGGGGAUGUGCUGGCCCUGCCGACGUCGGCCCCGCCCUCGGCCCCGCCGUCCAAUGCCGCGGCCGUUCUCCUGGCCGACACGUAUGCCACCUCGGUCAUGCGCCAGGCCCGGGUGUUCCCGGUCAAUCCGCUGGACCCCACGGCCCAGGCGUGCUUCUUCACGCCCUUCUUCUCGCCGCCCCCGCCGCCGACCAUGUCCGCCGAGCAGUUCGACGGCCAGGCGUCCGAUGCCGCGCGCCUGCGCAGCAAGAGCAGCAACUCCAUCGACCAGGAGGACGAUUUCGAUUCAUCUUCAGCCUACGAAAGCUGCGACGAGGACACAGGGUCCAACAAGUUCCGCAGCAAGACCAAGCAGCGCCUCCGCCGGACCCGCUCGCAGCUGGUCAGCAUGAUGGGCUACAACCAUUCGCGCAGCUCGUCGGAGUUCGAGGGCGGCAUCGGGCCCGAUGGGGCGCUCAUGUCGCCGGGGCGCAUGUUCGACAAUGCCGCCCUGGCCGAGCAGUCGCUCCCCGAGCGUGUGCUCUUCCGAUCUAACAAGUUCCGCAGCAAGACCAAGCAGCGCCUCCGCCGGACCCGCUCGCAGCUGGUCAGCAUGAUGGGCUACAACCAUUCGCGCAGCUCGUCGGAGUUCGAGGGCGGCAUCGGGCCCGAUGGGGCGCUCAUGUCGCCGGGGCGCAUGUUCGACAAUGCCGCCCUGGCCGAGCAGUCGCUCCCCGAGCCGCGGCCAUUCAUCUUCGGCACCCGGACCCUGACCAUCAAUGAGCCGCCCCCGGCCGGGUAUGUCCACCCGGCGGCCGACCUGCAAGUGGCCUCCCAGCAUGUGGCCUACCGCGAGGGCUGGGUCCUGCAGCGCCCGCUGCCAGCCGAGCUGGUCGGUGUCCCGGCCCCGGGGGCCGACAUGGAUCUCGGUGUCAAGGGGGGCCUUCCUGCCGGCGCGACGCUGUCCCACUCGACCAGCACCAGCAGCAUGUCCACCGUGGCCGGGUUGGGCUCUUCGCCGCCGCUGUCGCCGCCGCCCUCGCAGCGUCCCUCCUCCUCGACCACGCCGUCGCUGAGCCCGGCCACGCCGUUGCCCCCGGCCCUGGGCGGCGGGGGGACCGCCACCGGUGGGUCCCUCACCCCGCCGGCCACCGAGGCCUCCAGCCCGCAGGCCGGCCCGGUGGACGCGGACUUCCCCACCACGCCCGUUCCCCCGCGGUUGAGCAUUUCCAUCACACCGAGCCUGCUCCUCGGCCAGUUCCAGAUCCACUUCAACGAGUACACCGGCACCAAGGUCCUGCGCGAGCAGUUCCAGCCGUCGCGUGACACCCGAUACAUUCUUGGUCUGCACUCGACCGUUGGGCCCAUUUUGCUGGCCGUUGGCACCGACAGCCUGGUGUCCGGCCGGCGGGACUCCCUGGCCACCAGCUCCUCGCUGUCUGGCUCGCAGUCGAGCAUCUCCUCGGCCGGGCUGGCCUCCCCCUCGACCCCGGUGUCGGCCAAUGCCGGCGGUGGGCCCAUCUACUCCGCUUCGACUGGCCAGCUGCUGGUGACCAGCUCCCCCUCGAGCGACGCCCUGGCCGGGCUGAAUCUCUCUCGGCCGGCCUCCCCCUCGAGCGACGCCCUGGCCGGGCUGAAUCUCUCUCGGCCGGCGUCCUUCCUGCGCAUUCUCCUCCGCACUCCGGCCGGCGAUGACCUGAUCAUGCUCCCGGCCUCGUACCUGAAGACUUCGCUCAUGAGCAACAAGAUCAGCGCCAAGCAGCUGGUCCGCGCACUGGACCCCAAGUUCUCGGAAAUGGAAAUGCUCUACGAGGUGGAGAAGGAGAAGGACAAGGAAGCCCUUUACAAGCAGCUGGCCACGCUGGAGACCCAGCAGGACAUCCGGACCUACAAGUUCGGCGCCCUCUACGUCAAGGACGGCCAGGUGGCCGAGGAGGACAUGUUCAGCAACCAGCACGGAUCGCCGGCCUUCAACCGCUUUAUGUCGGUCAUCUCCGACCGGAUUGAGCUCAGCGGGUGGUCCAAGUUCCGCGCCGGCCUGGAUGUCAGCGGUGUCAACACCACCGGCACGCACUCCUACUACACCGUGUACGAGGACCUGGAGGUGAUGUUCCACACCUCCACCGAGUUGCCCUACCGCACGACCGACCGUCAGCAGCUAGAGCGCAAGCGCCACAUCGGCAACGACAUUUGCAUCCUGGUGUACCGGGAGAAUUGCACCGAGCCCUGGAUCCCGUCCACCGUGGAGUCGGACUUCAUCCAUGUCAUCCUGGUGGUCGAUGCCAAGGUCGCGGACCCGGAGAACCCGUGCGACGAGACCGAUGUCUAUUCGCUCUCGUGCGUCUGCAAGCAGGACGUCGCUCCGUUCAGUCCCCCUCUGAGCGACUCCUACGUCUACUCGCGCAGCAACCCCGAGCUCCUCCGCAACGUGGUCCUGUCCAAGCUCAUCAACGGAGAAAACACCUCGAUGAAGGCCCCGGUCUUUGCCAACAAGAUGCGCCGCACCAAGCAGGCCGUCUACAAGAACAUCGUUGUUUCCACUGCGCCCCCCAAGUCCUAA